AUGAAUCGCCUCGAGAUCCUUGAUUUGAGCUAUAACCUUCUUUAUGGAGAGAUACCAUUUUCUCUACCACCUAGAAAUAUCCAGACAAUAGAUUUGUCAAGCAAUCACUUUCAUGGUGCAAUUCGAUCUUCUUUCUUCGAACAAGCUUGGAACUUAACUAGUUUCAAUGUCAGCAACAACACCUUGUCUGGAUAUAUCUCUUCAUCUACUUGUCUCCAAUCUUCUCCUUCCAUUAGAGUAUUGGAUUUUUCCUCCAAUGAAUUUAGUGGCAACAUUUCUCAUGGGUUUGGGGGAUGUUCCAAAUUGCACAUUCUUCGCGCCGAUCACAAUAAUUUGUCAGGAUCACUUCUAGAAGAUAUUUAUAACGCUACCAAACUUGAGGAACUUGUAUUACCUCUCAAUUCACUAAAUGGAGCCAUUAGUGAAAGAAUUGCCAACCUCACCCAACUUACAAUCCUUGACCUCUCCUUUAAUCAUUUGAGUGGUGUGAUCCCCCUCAAUUUUGGGAAGCUCUGGAAGUUGAAAUUCAUGAAUUUUGAUUUCAAAAGCUUAGAAGGUAAUUUGCCCCCAUCUUUGAUGAAUUGCACAAACCUCAUAGAACUCCAUUUGAGAUUCAACUACUUGGAAGGAGACCUCACCACAGCUAAUUUCUCCAAACUCAACCACCUUAGUAAACUUGACCUACUUAGGAAUAACUUCACUAGUGUCUUUCCGAGAAGCCUUUACUCAUGCAGGUUCCUAAAAGCAAUUCGGUUGAGUGAUAAUCCUUAUCUAAAAGGAUAA